AUGGGCAGCUUUGCGAAGUGCUGUUUUGCGGCUUGCCUGAAUGAAACACGGACCUUCCUUGAAAUGAAGGACCUUAAGCAUCAUGAGCUAGCCGAAACUAAGUGGAUCCUAAUGUUUUAUUAUAUCGUGGAUAUGACAGAACAUCUGAAUCAGCCCAUCUUCAAAAUGCAAGGCAAUGGGAAUACAGUGUUAUCCAUUCAACAAGCCGUGUUUGCUCUCGAAAACCAGCUGGAUCUCUUUAUCAUGGAUCUUGAAACAGAUCAUUUACUACGUUUUGAAAAACUGAGACAAUAUAAAUAUACAUGCGCAGUAAGUGAACCCACUCAAAAUGUUGAUCUCUACCAGCUAGCUGGCUUCAUAUCCAGUCUCCUACAGUCGUUCAAAGCACGCCUUGGCGAAUUCCGUGAGCCAACUCAUCUUUUUAAGUUCAUCACCCAUCUAACCGAGUGUUCACUGAGCACAGCCGACCUAAGUUAUAUUCCAGGGGUCUCCGUUCGAGAUUUCGAAGAAGUUGCUGACAUGUAG